CCUUGCACUCUUGCGUCUCGUGACAAUGGCGACGGCGACGGAAAAUGACGACAACAACCUCGAUAACCACCUCAAACCAGAUUCAGAACCGGCUCCGGUCAACCUCUCACCUCCCUCGGAGCAGAAACCUCUCUCUAAGAACGCUCAGAAGAAGCAACUGAAGCAGCAGAGAUACGAAGCGAAGAAAGCAGAGAAGAAGGCACAGGAGAAGGAGCACAAGCGUAAAGAAAGCGAGAGAAAGCACAAGGAGUGGGAGGAAACCCUAGCGAACGCCACGGAGGAAGAGAGGCUAAACCUGAUCGAGUCGAGGAAGAGUCUCCGUAAGGAGAGGAUGGAGAAGAGAUCAGAGGAGAAAGAGAAGAAGAUGGAACGGCUCACUAAAGCUAAAGAAGUCGGUCAAAACGUCGUCGUAGAUGUUGAUUUCGCUCAUCUCAUGUCUGAGUCAGAGAUCCACAGCCUCGUUCAGCAGAUAAUGUAUUGCUAUGCGGUGAAUGGGAGGAGCACGACCCCUUGUCAUCUAUGGUUAACGGGAGUGAAAGGGGAGAUGAGUGCUCAGCUUGAUAAGCUUCCGGGUUUUGAGAAAUGGUUUAUAGAGAAGGAAAGUCGGUGUUACAUUGAGGCUAUGGCUGAUCGGAAAGAGAGUUUGGUGUAUCUUACGGCUGACUCUGAGACUGUUUUGGAUGAUCUUGACCCCAAGAGUGUUUAUAUAAUUGGUGGGUUAGUGGAUCGGAAUCGGUUCAAAGGGAUCACUAUGAAUAAGGCACAGGAACAAGGGAUCAGAACUGCUAAGCUUCCUAUAGGAGAGUAUAUGAAAAUGUCUAGUUCUCAGGUUCUCACUGUGAAUCAAGUUGUGGAGAUACUCGUGAAGUUUCUUGAGACGAGGGACUGGAAAACAUCGUUCUUUACUGUCAUUCCUCAGAGGAAACGAACUGGAGUUGAUCUUGUAGAUUGUUCGAAAUCAAAAUCUCUCUCUGAAGAGCAUCCAGAGAAAGAGGGUGAAGACGAGAGUGAGGAGAAACAUGAUCUUUUGGAGAGGAAAAAGAUAUGCGUUGAAGUUCCUCUAGAAAAUGGUAGCUAG